GCUGCGGUGGCUUUCCCUCUGACCGAUCCUCACCUUUUAGGAGACUGCGCUCUUACCGGGAGCUGGGCAUGGAGGAGAAUGAGCAGAGCCACAGCGAAGCAGCGGCAGCAGCAGCAGCAGCUACUGCGGCGGCGGCAGCGAGUGAGGACCAGAGGCAGCAACAGCAGCCGCAGCAGCAGCAGGAAUCGGGCGGCGGCGGCGGCGGCGGCAGCCCCAGCGAUGGAGACACUGGCCGGAGGAGGGCUCUGAUAUUGCCCGUGGUGUUGCAGGCGCCCGGGAACCACCAGCAUCCGCACCGGAUUACUAACUUUUUCAUCGACAACAUCUUGCGGCCGGAGUUCGGCAGAAGAAAGGAAGCCGGGACCUGCUGCAGCAGCGGAGGGGGAGGAAGAGGAGGAGGAGGAGGAGAAGAAGGAGGAGGAGGAGGAAGUGCAGGAGGAGGAGAGGGAGGAGGAGGAGGAGGUGGCGGCGGUGGAGGAGGAGGAGGAGGUGGCGGGGGCAGCGGAGGCAGCCCGGAUCGGCUUCUCUCCAACCGGGAGCAUCGGAGCUCCACCUCGGCGCCGGGAGCGGGCGGGCAGCUGCCCGGAGGCGGGGGAGGCUCUCCCGGGGACGGCGAAGGCGGCUCCAAAGCGCUCUCCUUGCACGGAGGCGGGGUCAAGAAGGGAGGAGAGCCAGGGGGACCAUUGGAAGGAGCCCUGAAGUCUAGGGGCUUGAGCGGCGGCGAUCUGUCAGUGAGCUCGGACUCGGACAGCUCCCAAGCCAGCUCCAACCCCGGCAAUCAACCCAUGCUCUGGCCCGCCUGGGUUUACUGCACCCGUUACUCGGACAGGCCUUCUUCAGGUCCCAGGUCUCGAAAACCAAAGAAGAAGAAUCCGAACAAAGAGGACAAGCGGCCCCGGACCGCCUUCACUGCCGAACAGCUGCAAAGACUGAAAGCGGAAUUUCAGACAAACAGGUACUUGACCGAGCAGCGGAGGCAAAGUCUGGCCCAAGAGCUCAGCCUCAACGAGUCCCAGAUCAAGAUCUGGUUUCAGAACAAGCGGGCCAAGAUAAAGAAGGCCACGGGCAACAAGAAUACGCUGGCUGUUCAUCUCAUGGCGCAGGGACUGUACAACCAUUCGACCACGGCGAAAGAUGGCAAGUCGGACAGCGAGUAG